CGUCACUGCACUGCGACUGCUCCUCCUUCUGCACACCUCACCACCGCCAGCAUCGCGCUGCACACACUCACACUCUCACUGCCUCGGUCUCGCCUCUGCACACCACCGCACCUCGCAUCGCCUCCGUGUCCGCCCGCUCCUCUGCGCCGCCUCUCGCCUGCGCACCGGCCCACGCGACCCGCCACGUCUCCCCAUCCCACGUGGCGCCUCGAGCACCCAGCAGCCUCAGCUCCUCGUCCACCAGCGUCCAUCCUCGUCGCUCCCUCUCGCGUGCGCCAGCACACCCCAUGGCCCCCCGCGCCGCUGCGCCCGACGCCACUGCCCUCUUCUCUCCCUCCACACUGCCCAACUUGAGCGGCCCGUUCGCGCGCCAGUCCCCCAGCAUGUCGGGCGGUGGCGGCGUGAUGCGUGCAGGCAAGCCGAGUCUCGUGGGCCAGCUGGGCGCCAGCGGCAGCGGCACUCCCGGCCCGCGCAGCUCAGGUGCCGGUCCGAGCUCGGGCAGCGCACUGGCGCCGCCGGCGGCGAGCAGCAGCAGCGGCUUCUUCGCCUCGCCGGGCGGCGGUGCGGCGCCGGCGCCGAGCAUGCAGGGCACGGCAGCGGGCGCAGACGGCGGCAGCUUCUUCUCCGCCGCCUCGGCGUCCUCGACUGCCGCCUCUUCAGGCGAGCCAGACUACUUUGCCACGCCCGCGCGUGGCGGACCAGCCGAGACGCCCGGCGCGCAUCUCGGCGCUGCCGGUGGCGACGGCCUCGACGCUCCGCAUCCGUGGGCCUCGUUGCUGCCCAAGGGCAUGCCGCAGACGCCCGGCGGUGUCACGCCACUCAUGCCGGCCACGCCGCAGCACGAUGGUGGAGCCACGCCGACGCUGCGCUUUCCCUCGCUCGGCGGCGGCGGCGCUGCUCCUUCGCUCAGCAUAUCCGGCGGCCGCAGCUUCAGCGGUGCCAGUGCCCGCGGCUCCGUGUCGCUGCCGAGCGCCAGCACAUCGGCAUCCGCCUCGGCCUCGGCACCGUCCGACAUCUCUCGCUACACUCCGCUCGACUGCCAAGCGCUGGCCCGCCUGCUGGGCGGCAAUGGCCGCCGCAAUGGCUCAGAGGGCGACAUUGGCUCAGCACCUCGUCUGCGCCGUGCAUCGCGCAGCUCCUCGCCAGGCGCUCACGCCGCAGCGGCCUCGGCAGCAAGCCGUGGCGACAGCGGCACCACGGGAUCGAGUGGCAGCGCAGCAGGCGAUCCAGAGGUGGAGCGCGACGCGACGCUCGUGCUCGACAUUCGGCCCUCGACGUCCUUUGGCGCCGCCCGCAUCGCCCAGAGCAUCAACGUAUGCGCGCCGAGCACGCUGCUGCGCCGCGCCGGCAUGACCGUCGAGCGCAUCGAGGAGGAGAUGCUCGGCUCGGCCGCAGACAUCCGGCGCUUCUCGCGCUGGCGCCGCAACGCGCGCGGCGACCCGCCCGUGGGCAGCGAGAAGGAGAACACGCAAGAUGGCGCAAAUGGCGAUCGCAACGGCACGGACAGGCGCGAGCGUCGAGGCUCGUCGCCGCCGCUGCGCCGCAUCGUCGUGCUCGACACGGACACGCGCGGCGUGGGCGAUGCCGGCCGUCCGAACGUCGGCGGCGGCGGCGCGUGCCUGCUCGGCCUGCUGCGCAAGUUUGAUGCCGCUGGCUUCGCCGGCGAGCUCUGCUGGCUUGUCGGCGGCUUCAACGGCUUCGCAAAGACGGCAGACACUGCCGGCGGUGCAGGCGUGGCGGCUGCACGUCUCAUCGAUCGCUCGCCGCUGUCCUCGGCGCAGCCCACCUCGGCGGCACCGGGCGCUGCCGCGAGUCCCGCAGUGGCGGCACUGCAGCGCUCCGACUCCAAGGGCAGCCGUCGUGCGUCUGCGCCGGGCCCCAUGCGGCUGCCGUCGUCUGCGCCAGACGGCGAUGUCGGCCCUCUGAGCGCCGGCCCUGGGGCACGCAAAGGCUCGCUCGUGCAGCCGCGUGGCCUGCCGGCCGAGGCGUUCACUGCUCACAGCCUGGCGAGCGCGUGGACCGCCGGUGGCAAAGCGUCGUCGCGGGACAGCAACGCGCGCGACUCGUCGGCGCAGUCGCAGGGCAGCAACGGACCGCCUCCGUCGGCGCAAGCUUGCGCCAACCCCUUCUUCGACAACAUCCGUCAGAACCGCGAGCUGGCGCACGGCGUGACGGAGGUCGUGCCGCUCGACGUGCCAGAGAUGAACGGUCAUCAGCGCUCGAUGCUGCCGGCGUUCCUGGCGCGCCUCGCCGCGAUGGAGCCGCAGGCACGCGCCAAGGAGCUGGCGCAGAGCUUCUUCGACAUUGAGCGCGCAGAGCAGGACCGCCUGAUGCACACGAUGCGCCAGCAUGCCGCCGAAUCCAGCAUUGAUCCUCGCAGCGCGCCGUCGGUGAACCAGGCCGGUGGCGCCGGCUCGCCGUCUGCACCGCAGCUCGCGUCGGAGCACAGCGCUGUGCGUGGCGGCGAGGACGGCCCGUUUCCGUUCAGCAUCGCCGCGGCGCUCGAGCGCGGCGCCGAGAAUCGCUACAACAACAUCUGGACGUACGAGCACAGCCGUGUGCGCAUCGGCGCGCCGGCGGCAGGCACGACCGACUACCUCAACGCCUCAUUCGUCGAGCCCGCGCGCGUGCACGGCUCGAAGCGGCGCUACAUUGCCACGCAGGCGCCACUGCCGUCGACAUUCGAGGCCUUCUGGACGACCGUGUGGGAGCAGAACGUCGCCGUCGUGGCGAUGCUGACGCGCGAACACGAGGCGGGCCGGGUGCAGAGCCACAUGUACUGGGGCGACGCAACAUACGGCAAGCACCUCAGCCUGCGCCUGGUCAGCGAGGAGACGCUCGAUGGCGAGGGCCGGCCGAUGCACUGCGAUGCGGCAGCACAGCGCGGGGCGCGCAAGGCCGAUGCAGAGGAGCAGCAGGCCGGCGGCAACUUCUUCUCCUCGAUGGACAGCGGCGACGGCGCCACGGCCUCGCCCAAGGAGACGGCGAGCAUGGUGCGCCGCGAGCUCGAGCUCACCAGCACGGCCGGCGGUGGACGCCAGACGCGCCGCGUGGUGCAGCUGCAGUACAUUGCCUGGCCCGACUACCACAUCCCCGACAGCCCGCGCAGCCUGCUUGCGUACAUGGACCUGGCCGCCGCGGCACAGCUCGACGCCGCGCGCCGCUCGCCCGACGCCAGCGCCGACGAUGCCGUCGGCCCGAUGCUCGUGCACUGCUCGGCGGGCGUGGGCCGCACGGGCACGUACGUCGUCAUCGAUGCUGUGCUCGACGUGCUGCGCCGGCAGCGUGUGUCGGCGCUGGGCGAGCCCGUGCCGCACACGUGGGACAAUGCGUGCGCUGCGCGGGCGCUCGCUGCGGGCGAUGCGCCGCGCGGGCGCUCCACGACGACGGAGGAUGUGCGCAUGAGCGAUGUGCCCGAUUCGCCAGCCCCAACGGGCCUGCGCUCGCCGCGCCGCAACCUCAAGCGCGAGCUCUCGCCGUCGGCCAUGGAUCUCGACUCGCCCUCGCUGGGCGAGAACGGCGGCACGGGCUCUUCCUUCGGCGCAUCCUCCAACGCCAGCGGCUCGAUUCGCGACAUGUCGAGCCCGCCGCCGAUGCGCCGCUCGCGCUCGGAGCUGGAUGUCGACCCGCCGGGCACGCCGUCCGAGUGGGCCGAGCGCCGUGCCUCGCCGGCGUUUACGCCGCGCUCCGCACGCACGCCUGGGCGCGGCUCCGGCGACGGCAGCGGCAGCAGCGGCGCCGAGACGCCGAGCCGCGCCAUGGGCUCGCUCCACAUCGCACGCGACAGCCCCGGCCUGCCGGCGUCGUCGUCGAGCGCAACGCCCACGGUCGCCGUGCGCCCGCGCGCACUGCGUCUCACGCCUGCCUCGCCGUCGCCCUCCACGCCCGCCGCUGCGCAGCCGAGCGCCGCUGGCCUGCCGCUCUCGCCGUCGGGCACGCCGGCACCGGCGCCUGCCUCUGACGCGCUCGACUACAUCCGCGCCGCCGUCGAGGUGACGCGCGAGCAGCGCAUGAGCUCGGUGCAGACGACGCGCCAGUACGUCUUCACCUACGCCGCCGUGCUCGCCGGCCUGCUGCGCGACGACGAGGCCGCCGCCACGGCCUGAGCAUGCCGUUCCGCUACACUCUUGCUUGCUACCAUCUAUUCGUCUCUUUCUCCCCUCAUCACAUCGUGCCCCCUCCCGUACACACCCAUGCAUCGUCUCUCUCACACGCGUACAUCUGACCCUAAUCUCAUCGCUGCAUCUCCCGGA